AUGGCUGUGUCGCUGCGGAGCUGGGUCGCCAACGAGGGAGGGAAACACUUGGUCCUGCUGCUGUGGCUGGGGGCCAACACCUGGCUGUUCCUGGGCACCUACCUGCUGUACUCCACAGGGCUGCAGUACCACUACCUCUACAAGAUGCUGGGGCUCGGACUGUGCAUCAGCAGAGCGUCUGCAUCGGUGCUGAACCUGAACUGCAGUUUGGUGCUGUUGCCCAUGUGCCGCUCCCUGCUCACCUUCAUACGAGGAACACACGUGGUAUCUUCCAGAAAGACGCGCAGACUGCUGGACAAGAGCAAGACCUUUCAUGUUGCCUGUGGCGUUGCUGUCUGCCUCUUCUCUGUUUUUCACGUUUCAGCCCACCUGGUGAAUGUCGUCAACUUCAGCACGAGCUACUCGGAUGAAUUUCCUGCACUCAACUUGGCUCGCUACAGAGGAGAGGGAUACACUCAGGUGGAGCAGUGGGCAACUAUUGAGGGUGACUAG